CGCCCCCCCGCCGGCAGCCAGAGGCGGGCGCGCAGCCCCGCUCGGCACAGCCGCCGGCAGCCGGGCGCAGCGCGGAGCUCCCGGAGCCCGGUGCGCGGAGCGCGGAGCUCCCGGUGCGCGAAGCCCCCGGAGCGCGGCGCUCCCGGUGCGCGGAGUGCGGAGCCCGGAGCGCGGAGCCCCCGGAGCGCGGAGCCCCCGGAGCCCGGGGCGCGCUGGGCCGCGGGGAUGCGGCGGCAGGCGGCGGGGCGCGGUGCCCGGCGCAGCGGCUGACGGCCGCGGCUCCGCGCCGGGCGGAGCGCACACACCUCUCUCUUCCGCAGCGCGCCGCGGACCGCCGGCCUCCUCGCCCGGAUUUGGGAUCUACCUGGCGGCCCUGGGUUUUUUGGGGGGGCUUUUUUCCACCUCCCCCACCCCCCGCCACGCCUUUUAUCUUUCUGGUUUUUACGCACGUGGAGGAACUCUUGGAUUUACUAACAUGAUCUUGGCAAACGCCUUCUGCAUCGUCCUCUUUGUAGAUGAGCUGCUCCGCUGCCGGGCGGGCCCGUCCUCGCUGCCGGGCCCGGAGCCGCCGGGCUGGCGGGCGCCCGUGGACUGCGCGCGGGCCAACGAGCUGUGCGCCGCCGAGCCCAGCUGCAGCUCCCGCUACCGCACGCUGCGGCAGUGCCUGGCCGGCCGCGACAGGAACACCAUGCUGGCCAACAAGGAGUGCCAGGCGGCCCUCGAGGUGCUGCAGGGGAGCCCGCUCUACGACUGCCGCUGCAAGCGGGGCAUGAAGAAGGAGCUUCAGUGCCUUCAGAUCUACUGGAGCAUACACCUGGGGCUGACCGAAGGAGAAGAAUUUUAUGAAGCUUCCCCCUAUGAGCCGGUCACCUCUCGUCUCUCUGAUAUAUUCAGACUUGCUUCAAUUUUCUCAGGAACGGACCCCACCGCCAACUCCAAAAGCAACCACUGCCUCGACGCGGCCAAAGCCUGCAACCUGAACGACAACUGCAAGCGGCUGCGCUCCGGCUACAUCUCCACCUGCAGCAAGGAGGUCUCGGCGGCCGAGCACUGCAGCCGCCGCAAGUGCCACAAGGCGCUGCGGCAGUUCUUCGACCGCGUGCCCAGCGAGUACACCUACCGCCUGCUCUUCUGCUCCUGCAAGGACCAGGCCUGCGCCGAGCGCCGGCGCCAGACCAUCGUCCCCUCCUGCUCCUACGAGGACAAGGAGAAACCCAACUGCCUGGACCUGCGCGGCAUGUGCCGGACGGACCACCUCUGCCGGUCGCGGCUGGCCGACUUCCACGCCAACUGCCAAGCGUCGCCGCAGGCCCCCACCGGCUGCCCCGGGGACAACUUCCAGGCGUGCCUGGGCUCCUACGCCGGGCUCAUCGGCUUCGACGUGACGCCCAACUACGUGGACGCCAGCACCGCCGGCAUCACCGUCUCGCCCUGGUGCUCCUGCAAGGGCAGCGGCAACCUGGAGGAGGAGUGCGAGAAGUUCCUGCGCGACUUCACGGAGAACCCCUGCCUCCGAAACGCCAUCCAGGCCUUCGGCAACGGCUCGGACGUGAGCCCCUCCGUGAAGAACCCCUCGCCGCCCGUCACCGCGCCGCCCAGGCUGGAGAAGAGCCCGGCCUUGCCCGACGACAUCAACGACAGCAACACCAUGUACGACACGAGCGUCAUCACCACCUGCACCUCCGUCCAGGAGCACGGACCGAAGCUCAACAGCUCCAAGGAGCAGAGCCUGUGCUACUCCGAGACCCGGCUGACCACGGACCUCGCGCCCGACCGGGGCACCUUCGUGGAGGAGAGGGCGGCCGGCGGGCGGCACGCGCCGGGCUGGGUGCUGCCGGCCGCCCCGCUGCUGCUGGCGAGGCUGGGGCCGUAGAGCGCGGGGGACGCGGACGCGGCACGGACACUGCUGCCCCCCCCCCCCCCCCGCACGCCGGGGCUCCCGGCCCAUCUCCGCCGGGCUCCGCUUCCCGAGGCGCGGAGAGCGCAGGGGCGGCUCGCCUUCCCGGCCGCGGCGCCGAGCCCGGCACAAGGACCCUCGUGGCGCUGGGAAACUUCUGGGUGGUUUUCUUUCCGUUUUUUUUCCUUCUUCCGUCCUUUUCUUCCUCUUUUCGGAGGCGCGUUGGGGGUCUCUUCUACAGCGAGAGUGCGAGGCUCGGGACGGACCCACGCGCCGCGCCGAAAGUGCUCGGAGGCGACCGAAGCUGCGCGCGGAGGCGGAGGGGGGGACGGGGGCGGACGCGGCCCCCGCGGACAGGGACGCUCCUUCGCCCUUCGCAUCGCUACUAUUAUUUUUUCCUUUCCCGUGGUUGGUGACGAUUUUGAAGUCAAGGAGAAAAGAAACCGGUGUUCGGACGCCGUAAGGUCCUGCUGUUUCCAUAGGGAGGGGCGGGGGGGGGGGUUUUCCUUCGUCCGGUUGGAUUUGGGUUGGACAAAAGGGGCCGUCUGCGGCUGGAAACCUCUGUGUUGCUCUCUCCGUUUCCUUUCUCUUAUACAUACAUAUACAGUGUAUGUAUAUAGCACUCACCUAUACUUACAUAUAUGUAUGUAUAUAUAUUACCGUAUACAUAUACAGUGUGGCUUUUUUAUUUCCUUUUUUCUUUUUUUUUAAAAAAAAGGUCAAAUGGCAACAACAAGUAAAAAUGUAUUAUUGUAAAGUUUAUUUUUUUUAAUAAUGUCUAUAAUGGAAAAAAUAAACAGAGAACAAAAAAAAAACCAAGCAAAAAAACCCAAGCAAAAACACUGCAGAGGAGCAAAACCCCUGGGGCCGGGGAACGAUGCCUCGGGGCGAGGCCGGGCAGGGUGGCUCGGGAGCCCGGUGCCGCGGUCGCCUGCCGAAACGCACGGAUUUGGGUCAGGCUCCGCAGCGUGCCGAGCCGUUGAGCGCUCCCCGACUCGCUCGGGGAGACAAACAAGCGAGCAGACAUUUCAAAGGAGCCGACGCAUUUCUGUGUGACAGGGUUGGGUUUUUCUUUUUUCAUGUGAAAUCACUUUGUUUUUGAAAAUACCAUCCCCUUUUCUUAGCGUUUUUUUCCCCCCAGCCACCUGACAGCGCUUGAAAACAAAAUGCAACAUUAAAAUUUGGGUCACACAAAACA